AUGGAACUCGCAUUUGAGGACCGAAAUCUGAACCCUUCCAAAAGGGACUUGUCGGACUUGGACUUGUAUGCAAAGAUUUGCAGCCUCUGUGGGUUUGAGCUCACUGUCAGAGAUGAAAUUGUGGAAUGGGAGAAAGCCGUGGAGCUUGGAAUAGACAAAUGCCAUGGCAGACGGUCCUAUCCCAUUGCAUUGCAUCAUGAGUGUAUUGAAUACGCCAAAUCUUUUGUUCUGGGUAAUCUGCGAGACCUCGCUGGAGCUGCUGUCACUAUCCGUGGGAGCUUCAAUGAGCCGGAAGAAAUGUGUGGUCCUCGUCGCCGCUGGUUGGAGAACACUGUCACACAGAACCUCUGUGUAGCCCUUGGUGGACGUCUACCCACCGAAAUCUACAAAAAUGUUGCUACCUACUGUAUUCACGAACAGUCAAUUCGAUUCAUUCAUGAGAGAUGGUCAAGGCAGGGUCGACCUCCAAGAGGUUUCAUAUCAGUUCCUAUCCACAACCACACGACUCUAUGGGUCCAAUACACCCGUUUCGAAGGUAUUCGAUACAUUCGAUCAUUGUCUUACGACUCGCAGGGCGGUGAUGAGGAAAUUCUGUUCAAAGGAAACACAAAGAAGCCUCUGAACAUCUUCAUCCGCCAUAACCAUCUGGGGGUCAACAAGCUUGUGAUAACCGAAGGACAGGAAAGGCCUCAGAGCGAGGAAGCCCGCGAGUACUGGUGGACCUGCCAUGCCCAACAAACCCACCCAUUCCACUUCAAAGCGAGAUUUGAUGGUAUCAAGAUUCGAAACCUCGUUUGUGUCAAAACCCCAAAUACUUUUCUCAACUUCGGUUGGAGUGGUUGCGAGAUACGAUGGGUUAUACCCCCGUCGCCUGUGAAGUUUUCGCCGAAGAUCCCGCUCCCUCAUGGUAUACCUUGGAUCGAUGUACAAAGUCUUUGCUGGAAUAGGCCAGGGACGUCGGGUUAUUCUUUUCAACUUCUUGGCGAAUCUGUUUUGCAAUGCAAUUCCCACCACGACGAUGGACCACCAGUACCUUACCACAAAUACACGACAGAUGAUGCCAACGACCUCUUGUGCCUGCAUUUUCCCAUGAAUCUCGACGAAAGAGUCUCUGAGCUCUGGGUCCGCCAAUGUCCCGAGAGGAAGGACACUCUCAUAAUGACACAGAUUGUCACAGAUCGUGGCCGCAGCUUCGUCCUCGGAACUCAGCAAGAUGGCCCAGGUGCUACAUACCAUGUCAUUGCCAAACUACCGCGAGAUGAACCUUGCCUCAUGUUCCACGCACAUUCCUUCAGCCUCUCUUGGUUCCAUUUCGAUUCUGUAUUUAGUUGGGAAAGGCCGCAAGCACGACAAAUUCAACCUGCUUGGGAGACUGCCCCUGACAUGACCAUCGGCACUCACUACUCAGCGCGUUUUGUUUGGGGAGACGACGAAAUUAUCCAGGGUCUUCUUUUGACCUACUAUGACGAUACUCGAACUUGUAUCGGUGAGGUUCGGUGUGAUAGCCUUGGGACACCCCAGAAAGUAACUUCUGAUACUUUGUGGAUACGAUAUGUCGAGUACGAGGAAGCCGGGACUCUCGAUGAGAACACCCUCUGCUGCGACUGUGGAAUAGAGUGGUUUGGGUUCUCUGAACCACUCCUAGGUUCUUUCUCCUCGCAUAAAGACAAGGAUGCUCGCACUGGUGAACAGGACUCUGACGAAGAACACUCUUCUCACCAAGGCGAUUACUCUGCAUCAGAUGAUAGUGAGGACGAAACAGACAACCAUAACGAAUAUGACAGGUCUCCAACGUAUUUGUCGCUGCCCAUGAGGGGACGGCUCGAUUGGUUCAAGGAGUCUGAUGGCAGUGUAUGUCUAUUGUCGCAUCACAUGCGCAGUAGACCAGAUGACGAGAUGCUUCAUGUACUGGCCGAAGAUGCUGAAACAAAUCUCGAGGCCCCAUUUCCCAAGUCCUGUACCUUUCUGACUGGAAGAACUACUCCGGAAAAUCUUCGAGGGAUGGAGAGUAUUGACAGGGUUGCCAAAGGGUUCGACAACUAUGCCAUCUACGGGCUUUGA